CACACACGCCUGCCGACUGGUAGGCAUACAGCUGCUCACUAAGUAUGAAUCAGUCACUGAUCACUACAUCUGACAGUGCAAAUCUAAGACGGAAUGAAAGUCUGAAGAGGUUUUUUAUAUUUCUUUGCGUCAUUACAAUUGUACUGAUACUCACAAAGAGACACUUAACAAGCAGCAUCCACCGAUUGCCAAGCAUCGCAAGUGUUCCACAUCCGGAGAUGACUGUAGAGGAUGUGAUGCUCUCCCUCUGGUGGGAUCUCCCUCCAACAUCUGUCUGGGAGUCUGUCCAGAACACCUCCAGUCCUGCUCAGAGCACAGCCAGUCUGGAGCAUCUCCAAGCCCAGUACUGUAUGGGAGACACCUUAGAUGUGCGUGUGGACAUGCGGGACCACAGUGGGAGGCCCAAGACUCAUGGAGGAGACUUCAUAUUGGCCCGGAUUCACUCCCCCAAACUACAGGCCUCUGCCGCAGGAGCCGUCACUGACCUCCGCAACGGCUCCUACCGUGUCCGCUUCACCCUGCUCUGGCCUGGGGAGGUGCAAGUCUCUGUGCUCCUCAUGCACUCCUCUGAGGCGGUGCAGGCCCUGUGGAGGUCCAGGCAGCUCAACUACAAGAAGAUCACACACGUAGGAACCUUUGUCAAUGGGAGCAAAACUGAGACGUCUGAGUGCGGCUUCCAGCUGAACGCGAGUAAAUCCCUGUGCGAGUACAAAGACGAGAGGGACGGAGAAUCCUACGCCUGUUACAUACCCCCAACCCUGCCCUGUCACUCGAUUGACACCAUGUCUUCAUUCAACACUCAAGGAUCUCCACUCACCAAGGAGGAAGCUUCUCUACUGACCGGGAAUAAUAUUGGGGUGAAGAUAAAGAACAACUUUGGCAAUCUGAAUGUCAGCAACUGUUCUGUUGGCCCAAAUGAAAUGGGUAGGGAUUGUGUUCAGAGAAUCAGUCCCAGCAUCCCGAGUGGUUAUUACUGGAGAAACCAGUGGUCUUCUUUGUACCAUCAAACUGGCAGCUUCUUCACUCUGGAGUCCAUCAACAGCUGCCUGAAGGGAAAGACACUCUACCUUAUGGGAGACUCUACUAUGCGUCAGUGGAUAGAGUUUAUGAACAGCUUUCAAAACGAUAAAAGCAAAGACUACCGUGGCUUUUCCCUCAUAAAGAUUGUUAACAUCAAGAGCAACUACACCGUCUACUGGAGAAAUCACGGUCAUCCCAGGAUUACAGUUAGUAAAAUUAAACUCAUCGAGGCUCCCUAUAUUUCCCGGGAUUUGGAUGCUAUCGGAGCAGAGGGAGAGGACACAGUGGUGGUGAUCGGAGUGGGGCAGCACUUCCGGGCCUACCCCCUGGAGCUCUUUGUCCGCAGGUUGCUGAGCCUGCGGGGGGCCAUCCAGAGGCUGCAGGCCCGCAGUCCCGGGACCCGCAUCUUCAUCAAGCUGGAGAACACCAGGGAGCUCUCCUCAGAACCAGAACGCUUUAGCGACUGGCACGGACACCUGCAGAACCUGGCUCAGAGGAAGGUGUUCGGGGACCUGGAGGUGGGGUUUGUGGAUGCCUGGGAGAUGACAGUGGCUGCCAACACCUUUGUCAUCCACCCUAACCCAACCAUCAUUGCCAGUGAGGUGGCGGAGUUUCUGUCCCGUCUCUGUCAUACUCCACAGGAUACCAGUGUCAGACCAAGGUCAUUCAACUUGUUGCUUCUCAGCCAGUUAACACACAAAAUAUUCCGUGAUUAAUCCCUUCCGUUUUUCCUGUGCUAAAACUUACACACUGCACUAUUUCUGUUACGUUCAAAUACAAAAAGAAUUAGAUUUUUGAACCAUAUUCUGACACCUCAAGAUUUUCUUUACUGAACAUUCCCAUAAUAUCCACUUGUCCUCUGAUAGCUUUCUGCAAAGUCUGCUUCAUUUCUGAACCAUUUUAUAUCUACAUGAUUUUUGCCAGUUAAACUUCUGCCAUAUCCGUUUUCAGCUGGGGACAGGCAACUGUGUGUAUCAGGAGGAAAGCUGCUUGCAAGGUGUGGCAUAUCGGAAACCUUUGAGCAGAGCUGGAUUGGCCAUCUGGCAUAGUGGGUAUUUUCCCGGUAUGACCCCCCCCACCCCCUCCAAUGGAGGACUAUCUGCCAAUUUUUAAUCCCAGUUGAGUUCAGCCCUACCUUUUAAAGUACAUGUUUAUUCCAGCUCCUGGAAUUGGGGUGGGAACAUGUUUAGAAAACAGGUUUUGCCGUAACCCGUGCCCACAAAAUGUGUUUCACAUGCAUGGGUUAUCACCGAAGCAAGGUGUGAAGAGAAGUACUCUGGAACUUGGAACCUCACUUUAAAUAUUCAUGUAUAUUAUAUGUUCUUGUAUGAAUGCUCAGCUGAUGAUAUCAGACGCCCAGGGCUUUUGUGACAGGUAGUUGUCCACUCUGUACAGAACAAAGAUGUAUGCAAAGCAAUGUUGUACUGUAAUAGAUUUUAAUUUAAUCCUUUUUUUGUAAGUACAUCCACCGAUCUUCCAUAA